CGGGCCCGUGUCCUAAUGUGCGCGUGGUGCCCAGCUUCACAAAGCGCGCCGGCAGCAUCACCCUCGUCCGGGAACCGCUUCUGGUGGCCGGAUCACAUCACAGGGGAGGAAAGAUGGAGAGAUGAAGAGGCUCCGCGGUCGAAGGCGGGCACCAAAGGCGGACGUGCCCUCCUCCUCCCCGUGGGCUUAGCCCCCACGGGAUUACCAGGCUCUUCUCAACCAUCUGUGAGUCCAGGGGAACUGCCUCCACCGUCCAUCCAGCCAGCAGAAUCAGAGUUAAUCGUCAAUGUUGACGACGAGAUUAAGCUGUUAUGCACCGAUCCAGGAUUUGUCAAAUGGACUUUUGAGACCCUGGGUCAACUGAGUGAGAGGACACACAAUGAAUGGAUCGUGGAGAAAGCAGAGGCCGCCAAUACAGGCAAUUACACGUGCACCAAUAAGGACGGCUUAAGCAGUUCUAUUUAUGUGUUUGUUAGAGAUCCCGCACAGCUUUUUCUCAUUGACCUUCUCCUGUUUGGGAAAGAAGGGAAUGAUACGCUGGUCCGUUGUCCGCUGACCGACCCAGACGUGACUGAUUACUCCCUCACUGGGUGCGAGGGGAAACCUCUCCCCAAGGACUUGACAUUUGUUGCGGAUCCCAAGGCCGGCAUCACGAUAAAAAAUGUGAAGCGCGAGUAUCAUCGCCUCUGCUUGCACUGCUCUGCCCACCAGAAGGGCAAGUUGGUGCUGUCGAAGAGAUUCUCCCUGAAAGUGAGGGCAGCCAUCAGAGCUGUACCAGUUGUGUCUGUGUCCAAAGCAACCUAUCUUCUUAGGGAAGGGGAAGAAUUUAGAGUGACAUGCUUCAUAAAAGAUAUAUCUAGUUCUGUGGACUCCAUGUGGAUAAAGGAAAACAGCCAGCAGACUAAAGCACAGGUAAUGAGUAAUAGCAGGCAUCAAGGUAACUUCCAGUUUAUACGUCAGGAAACAUUGACUAUCAGCUCAGCAAGAGUUAAUGAUUCUGGAGUGUUCAUGUGUUAUGCCAAUAAUACUUUUGGAUCAGCAAAUGUCACAACAACCUUGGAAGUCAUAGAUAAAGGAUUCAUUAAUAUCUUCCCUAUGGCGAAUACUACAGUAUUUGUAAAUGAUGGAGAAAAUGUAGAUUUGAUUGUUGAAUAUGAGGCAUACCCGAAACCUGAUCACCAGCAGUGGAUCUAUAUGAACAAAACCAUCACUGACAAAUGGGAAAAUUAUCCCAAGUCUGACAAUGAAAGUAACAUCAGAUAUGUAACUGAACUUCAUCUAACCAGAUUAAAAGGGACCGAAGGAGGCAUCUACACAUUUCUAGUGUCCAAUUCUGAUGUCAAUUCUUCCGUGACAUUUAAUGUUUACGUGAACACAAAACCAGAAAUCCUGACUCGUGAGAGACUCAUGAAUGGCAUGCUCCAAUGUGUGGCUGCAGGAUUCCCAGAGCCCACAAUAGAUUGGUAUUUUUGUCCAGGAACUGAGCAGAGAUGUUCUGUUCCUGUUGGGCCGGUGGAUGUGCAGAUACAAAACUCAUCUGUGUCGCCGUUUGGAAAACUAGUGGUUCAAAGUUCCAUUGAUUACAGUGCAUUCAAGUUCAAUGGCACGGUUGAGUGUAGGGCUUACAACGAUGUGGGCAAGAGUUCUGCCUUUUUUAACUUUGCAUUUAAAGGUAACAGCAAAGAACAAAUCCAUGCCCACACGCUGUUCACGCCUUUGCUGAUUGGUUUUGUGAUUGCAGCAGGUCUGAUGUGCAUCAUCGUGAUGAUUCUUACCUACAAAUAUUUACAGAAACCCAUGUAUGAAGUACAGUGGAAGGUGGUGGAGGAGAUCAAUGGAAACAAUUAUGUUUACAUAGACCCAACGCAACUUCCUUAUGAUCACAAAUGGGAGUUUCCCAGAAACAGGCUGAGUUUUGGGAAAACUUUGGGUGCUGGCGCCUUCGGGAAAGUUGUUGAGGCCACUGCUUAUGGCUUAAUUAAGUCGGAUGCAGCCAUGACUGUUGCUGUGAAGAUGCUCAAACCAAGUGCUCAUUUAACGGAACGAGAAGCCCUCAUGUCUGAACUCAAAGUCUUGAGUUACCUCGGUAAUCAUAUGAAUAUUGUGAAUCUUCUUGGAGCAUGCACCGUUGGAGGGCCCACCCUGGUCAUUACAGAAUAUUGUUGCUAUGGUGAUCUUUUGAAUUUUUUGAGGAGAAAACGUGAUUCAUUUAUUUGCUCAAAGCAGGAAGAUCACGCAGAAGCAGCCCUUUAUAAGAACCUUCUGCAGUCAAAGGAGACUUCGUGCAGUGAUAGUACUAAUGAGUACAUGGACAUGAAACCUGGAGUUUCUUAUGUUGUACCAACCAAGACAGACAAAAGGAGAUCUGUGAGAAUAGGCUCAUAUAUAGAAAGAGAUGUGACUCCUGCCAUCAUGGAAGAUGACGAGUUGGCCCUGGACCUGGAAGACUUGUUGAGCUUUUCUUACCAGGUGGCAAAGGGCAUGGCCUUCCUCGCCUCGAAGAAUUGUAUUCAUAGAGACUUGGCAGCCAGAAAUAUCCUCCUUACUCAUGGUCGAAUCACAAAGAUUUGUGAUUUUGGUCUAGCCAGAGACAUCAAGAAUGAUUCUAAUUAUGUGGUCAAAGGAAAUGCUCGGCUACCUGUGAAGUGGAUGGCACCUGAAAGCAUUUUCAACUGUGUGUACACAUUCGAAAGUGAUGUCUGGUCCUAUGGGAUUUUCCUAUGGGAGCUGUUCUCAUUAGGAAGCAGCCCAUACCCUGGAAUGCCAGUCGAUUCUAAGUUCUACAAGAUGAUCAAGGAAGGUUUCCGAAUGCUGAGCCCUGAGCAUGCACCUGCCGACAUGUAUGAUAUAAUGAUGACUUGCUGGGACGCUGAUCCCCUAAAAAGGCCGACAUUCAAGCAGAUCGUUCAGCUUAUUGAGAAGCAGAUUUCAGACAGCACCAAUCAUAUUUAUUCCAACUUAGCGAACUGGAGUCCCAACCAGGACCGCGCCGUGGUGGACCAUUCUGUGCGGAUCAAUUCCGUGGGCAGUAGCGCUUCGUCCACCCAGCCCCUGCUUGUACAUGAAGACGUCUGAAGCAAAAUGCGUGUCUGGGGGUCUCCCCAACAGAAUGAUCCCCAUUCUUUUGGUUUCUAUGGUUAUUUUGUUUGGUUUGACUUGCAUCCCACUUCAGGGUAGUGAACUCCCUCUGUAUUCCUCUGUAUGAGCACACUUUAGUGGCCGAUGAUUGUUGUCAUCAGCCCCCACCCCCUUACCAGGGUUCGAACUGCACAUAUUCCCUAUAGCAGAGUACCUCCCAUUAACUGGGGGGGAAAAAAAGUCUGACUUGGAGAAAGGGACGAACUUAUACACCCUGACUCCUUUCUGAAGCUUCUCCAAUUCCUUUUUGAAAAGUAUGGUUGAUAGUUUAUUUGAAUAAAUGGCAGUAGUCACCUUUGGCCCUUGUCACCACCCAUAAUGAGAUGAUGGUGCAAAAAGAUUAGAAGCUGCAACCUCAGCCCUUGAUGUGGAAAAUAGAACAUUAUUAGGACAAAGUUCAGAAGUCUAUGAAUAUCCGGGCCUAAGAAAUCUGGUAUUUCAUGCUGGGAAUGAGAUGUAGGCCAUGAAAUCUGCUCUCCGAGCAUGAAUGAAGACCCGGUGCUGUGGUGAGCCCAUGUGCUACUGACCUGCUUUCUAACUAGCGUUGGCUCUUAGGGAGCUGAACUGAGAGAGGGCCUCCCCAGCCAGCAUUUGUAUAUACUCAUCUAUCAAUUGUACAUGUCCAUGUACCCGAGGGGAGAAAACCUACCAGCUGGCGUUUAUGGAUACAGCUCUGGCUCAAGUCUGCUGUGUGUAGGAAUAGAUGAGGAGCCAGACAAGUUUGAAGGACACAGUUAGUGCUUUUUUUUUUUUUAAGAAGAAGAACAUAAUUGUUAAGCACAAUGUUGACAAAAACCUCCUUUUGUAGCCGAUGAACUUGCUCUCUAGAUUGUCUAGAACAAGCCUCCUGGCUUCAGAAUGGCAUUGUGCUGAAUGGAUCUGAUGCCAUUUGAAAAAGAUUUACUGCAUGACUCUGGCAGGAGUGAGGAAACAGUGCUGUCUUAGUUUGGAUUCUUUUGUAGCAAGAAAUAAAUUUUAGACUCAGCCUCCUUUGCAGCAAUGUCCUGGAUGCCGGGCCAGUAUCUGUAUAAGUGUGUAUGUGUACGCGUGUGUGUAUGCUUGUAGACAAAUAUUUUUGAGGGUAUUCUUGCCCUGAGCCCAAGAGGGUCCUUCAGUACCCAAGAAGUAGCUUGCCUUUCAUCGUCAGAUUGCGUCUAUUUCCCUUCACCUAGCUGUCCUGAGAAGCUUAACAAAAGCUUACAUAGAGGUAUAUAGGAAACGGAGUGCCUAAAUAUCUGUUUAUUUGCAAUCCACCUGCACUUAUGGCACUCUUAUUUAUACUCAACAUACUGUACCUGUUCCUUAGACCUUAUUAAUGCUACUCUCCCACUGAAACGUAUUUAAAUUUUACCCUUUAGGUUGUAGCCUGGAUAUUAUUCUUAAGAGUUUACUUUUAUUUUUUCUCAUCACUGCCCAACUAUAAGAAGUCCAUGUGUACAUGGCAAGGUUUGUGUGUUGUCUUGCAAGAUUCAGGUAUGCUGCCUUUACGGUUUUCCCCUCCUAGGUCCCUUAGAUGAUAUUUAGAGAACUGUGGCCAUUUAUCUGGAAGUAACCAUUUGCACUGGAGUUCUAAGCUCUCGCACCUUUCCAAAGGUAAUAGUUUUGGGGUUUUGUUGUCAACGUAAGAGAUUGUCGCUGUUUGCCAUACUUUGUCUGAAAACUUCCUUUGCGUUUCUAUUGACUUCGGUUAUAGUAAGAAAAGUGCUUGUUAACCGUAGGUGUCUAGGUACUUCAGGGGCACUUCACUGAGAGUUUUGUCUUGGAUAUUCUUGAAAGUUUAUAUUUUUAUAAUUUUUUUUUUAACAGCAGAUGUUUCGUUGCAGUGGCUUAAUGUUUGAAAUUAUUUUUUGGCUUUUUUUGUAAAUAUUGAAAUGUAGCAAUAAUGUCUUUUGAAUAUUCCCAAGCCCAUGAGUCCUUGAAAAUAUUUUUUAUAUAUACAGUAACUUUAUGUGUAAAUAUGUAAGCGGUGCAAGUUUAAAGAAUGUUGGUGUUCCAUGUUUGUUUGUUUUUUUCCUGAUAUGUUGUCCAGUUGUUGACAGUUCUGAGGAAUUCUAAUAAAAAUGUAAAUAUAUAAAUCAAA